UCCCCCCCCGCCCCAGCUAUUCUUAUCAGAGAGAACAUGGAAAAUAUUCUCCCUUCAUUGGCUACUCCCUCCUCCCCUUACUGAAGGAUGGUGUGUGUACAUCUGAAUGGGGGUGGGAUGCGGGGGGUGGAGUUUAGCUUUGGGUCCUCAACAAAAACAUAAUGGUUCCCAGUAGGCCAGAGAGGGCAACCAAGGAGGCAGGAUCCUGGCCUCUCUCGGAUCUGCAGGAAGGGUGGGCUGUGCGGGUCCAGGGUGGGAUGCCCGUUCUGGCCGGCGGUGCCUGCUGAGCCCUUCCUGAUGUGACUUUAUUAGACAAACCCCCACUCCCGCCAGGGGUAGACACACGAGUAUCUGCUUUAGGAAGAUUUCUGCAACACGACAGGGUGUAAUUCAAAAUCUGGGUUCUCCUUUCCCGAGCUCAGAAACCAAUUUGUUCUGAGAUAGGAGAAGGCUCUGUAGGCAGAUAGACCUAAGAGAUGGGAGGAGGCGCCUGGCGUCAGCAGGUCGCUUCUCAGCCGUGACCACAAGCGGCCAGCAGGUGUCAGUGCGUCCUCGCUUUGCCCUGGCGUUCGGCUCCUGGACCCCUCCCCACCUCUGUCUAAGGGGGCGCGGUCCAGACCCCCCGGUCGCGCGUGUCCCGCAGACAGCUUCGUGGCUGGGAGGACACGUAGCCGCUUCUUCCCUAAGCCGAGGUCCGAACUCUGGCCUGUGGCAUUUCCCCAUAGGUGCUGUCCAUUCCGGCCGGGGGUUCCAUCCGAACCCGCGCCUUCCUCCCUCUCCAGCACUCCUUUUUCCCCAGCCGCCAGGAGCAUCUGCAGACCGGGUCGGCUCUGGCCCGGAGCUGGGCUGCUCCAGAUGUAACCCACACCGGAGGUUACUUCCCUCGAUUUGGGCAGGGAUUCCCCUCCACUUUUUCUUCCCUUUUCUCCCAAGAUCCAGCUCCUUGAGGGCACUCACGGGUGCCCGUCGCGUUCUGCUCCGUCGGCCCGGAGCUGCAUAGCCAACUCCCAGCAGGGGCCGCUCCCCCGCUCCCCCAAUUACCAGGCUCCCUCUUUAAGCCUCUCGCUCAAGGUACGCGCCUCUCCAAAGGGCUGGUCCCGCCUGAGGGCAACUAUCCCCGAGGUCCAGCGCUGGGCGCUGGCGCUAGACUGGCGGAGGGGUGGUGCGAGGGGCGGGGGAGGGUCGGCUUCCCACGUGGGGGCUGACGCUGGCUGCUCAGCAACGCCGGCUUGAUCCUGGGGCUAUAAAACGAGUCCACCGUGCGCGCAGCGGAGCAGCAGCAGCUCCGGCUCCGUGCAGACGCCCAGCAGCCGGCGUGCCACCGCCCAGCCGCUCCAGCGCCUUCUUCCCGCAGCCUUGCGCUCCAAGCCCAACUCGUGCUGUCGUCGGACCCCGGCCCAUCCAGUCGCGCUCGGCGCCCACCUGGCGGACGCCCAGGAGACACCCUGCCUCCGUCGCGGCUCCUGGAGAGCUGAUCGUUCACCUGCCCCGGCCCGCCUGAGGACGGGGGUGCCUUCAUGCGGUGCCCACACUCCUCACCCCGCCGCCGCCGCCGCCCCCGAGCUCCGCACAGUGCGCCCCAGCCUCAGCAGGGCGCACAACUUUGGAAGUCUCGCGGCGCUCCGAGAGGCGGCAGGGUCCGCGCCCCAGCCCCGGGCCGGGCCCGGCCAGAACCGCAGCGUCUGGGGGAAGCCAGAGAGUCGGUAAUCGCUUCGGGGAUAUAAGGAGACAGACAUAGGACCCCAAGCUCGCAUCAGCACCUCUCGGCUGCCCCCCGGGGUGGGGGCGGGCCCCGCACACGGUAAGACCUCUUGCUUUCGCUCAGGCUCAAGAGUCAAGAUAUAGAUAACGAUAUGUAUAUAUAUAUUUAAUUUCCUGUCAUCCUUCCAAGUUAUCAGGCCACCGAUGAUUUUUGUUCUCCCUUCUUGAAGAAUAAAUCUCUUUACCCAUCGGCUCUCCCUACUCUCUCCCGCCGCUUAGAAAUAAAACUUGGCUGUGUUAGGAGCUCGGAGCGAAAAGGCGCCCACCGAGAGCGUCCGAAGCGCGAGCCAGGCGCAGUUCGGGGGACCCGGGCCAUGGGCCGCUAGCGGUCCCCCAGCUCGGGCCCGGCCUCCCUGCGGCCCCCUCCCUAUGUGAGCCGCAGCCAGGCGAGCAGGGCGCCGGAGGAAGAGGAGGACCCACGGGCGCCGGGCCGGAAGGCAGCUGGCAGCAGGCCCAGGCGAGCGGGCGCCCGCGUUCAUGUUCCGCCAGGAGCAGCCGCUGGCCGAGGGCAGCUUUGCGCCCAUGGGCUCCCUGCAGCCGGACGCAGGCAAUGCGAGCUGGAACGGGACCGAGGCGCCGGGGGGCGGCGCCCGGGCCACCCCUUACUCCCUGCAGGUGACGCUGACGCUGGUGUGCCUGGUCGGCCUGCUCAUGCUGCUCACCGUGUUCGGCAACGUGCUCGUCAUCAUCGCGGUGUUCACAAGCCGCGCGCUCAAGGCGCCCCAAAACCUCUUCCUGGUGUCUCUGGCCUCGGCCGACAUCCUGGUGGCCACGCUCGUCAUCCCUUUCUCGCUGGCCAACGAGGUCAUGGGCUACUGGUACUUCGGCAAGGCUUGGUGCGAGAUCUACCUGGCGCUCGACGUGCUCUUCUGCACGUCGUCCAUCGUGCACCUGUGCGCCAUCAGCCUGGACCGCUACUGGUCCAUCACACAGGCCAUCGAGUACAAUCUGAAGCGCACGCCGCGCCGCAUCAAGGCCAUCAUCAUCACCGUGUGGGUCAUCUCGGCCGUCAUCUCCUUCCCGCCGCUCAUCUCCUUCGAGAAUAAGCGCGGCCGCGGCGGCCCGCAGCCGGCCGAGCAGCGCUGCGAGAUCAACGACCAGAAGUGGUACGUCAUCUCGUCGUGCAUCGGCUCCUUCUUCGCUCCCUGCCUCAUCAUGAUCCUGGUCUACGUGCGCAUCUACCAGAUCGCCAAGCGUCGCACCCGCGUGCCACCCAGCCGCCGGGGUCCGGACGCCGCCGCCGUGCCGCAGGGGGGCGCCGAGCGCAGGCCCAACGGCCUGGGCCCAGAGCGCGGCGCGGGCCCGGGGGGCGCGGAGGCCGAGCCGCUGCCCACCCAGCUCAACGGCGCCCCUGGCGAGCCCGCGCCGGCCGGGCCGCACGACGCCGACGCGCUGGACCUGGAGGAGAGCUCGUCGUCCGACCACGCCGAGCGGCCUCCGGGACCCAGCAGACCCGAGCGCGGCCCCCGGGGCAAGGGCAAGGCCCGGGCGAGCCAGGUGAAGCCGGGGGACAGCCUGCCACGGCGCGGGCUGGGGGAGACGGGGAUCGGGACGGCGGCGGCAGGGCCGGGGGUGGAGCGCGCUGGGGCCGCCAAGGCGUCGCGCUGGCGCGGGCGGCAGAACCGCGAGAAGCGCUUCACGUUCGUGCUGGCCGUGGUCAUCGGAGUGUUUGUGGUGUGCUGGUUCCCCUUCUUCUUCACCUACACGCUCACUGCCGUCGGGUGCUCAGUGCCGCGCACGCUCUUCAACUUCUUCUUCUGGUUCGGCUACUGCAACAGCUCGCUGAACCCGGUCAUCUACACCAUCUUCAACCACGACUUCCGCCGCGCCUUCAAGAAGAUCCUCUGCCGCGGGGACAGGAAGCGGAUCGUGUGAGGUUUCCGCCGGCGCCCGCGUAGACUCACGCCGACUGCAGGCAGCAAGGCACCGAGGGGUGCUCAGCCCCAGGGCACUCAGAAACCCGGGCCCUGUCUGCUAUGCGUUUCCUCGUCUGGGGUGGCUCUGCAGCCUCCUGCGGGCGGGCGUCUGCUGCUCCUACAAGGGAAGCGUUCUUGCUGCCAGACCCACGCAUCCCCAGUUGUUGGUCUGGCGACUCUUGACCUGAAGCCAUCUUCCUGGUGGGCCACCCCUAAUCAGUAUUGCUUCCUGAAGGUAUUUUCUCACCUUCUUCCCCUGGUACAGCCCUCACAGCUCUUCAGAGCAAACACUGGACUACAAGGGCAUGGCUCACAAAAGGUUAAUGGAUGGUUACCUACGGGGUUACCUAGCCCUGGCUAAUUCCCCUUCCAUCCCGAACUCUCUCUCUCUUUUUUAAAAACCACUCAGGGCAGCCCUGCCUGCCCUUCCCACCACCCCCUCCACACUGUAAAUAGACACUAUUUUUGAUAGUACACAUGGGGACCCCAUAUCUCUUGACCUUGGUUUUGACGGUGAAAUCCUGGCCUUGGGAGAGAUACCUUCCAGGCAGACACAGCUCUCUGGUUCAGGCCAAGCCCCAUUUGCAAUGCAAGCCCUUUCUGGUGUUAUGAUGUCCCUCUAUGUCGUCCUUUUCACCAGCAACUGGUGACUGUCCCUUUGACACGGACCUGCUUGGAGAUUUCCUGACAGGGAAAAGAUUUCUGUCCAUUUUUUUUUCCUGUGCCUAACAGCAUAAUUGCCUUUUCCUAUGUAAAUAUUAUGAUGAUGGAUCAAGACAUAAGUAAAUGAACCUUUCUGCCUCACAUCAGCCCUGUGUAUAAAGCCAUUAUUCUCUGAUGCACUGUUCGCCCCAGUAACUCACUUUAAAACCUCUCUUUCCAGUGUUUCCUCUCUCCCCGCAGGGCCACUGCUUGAAGAAGAAUAUGUAUGUUUCUGUCUUGUAUGUAUGUGCGCCCCUCCUGCCCCAAAAGUGCUGACUAUGGGGAAAUCUUUUAGCUGCUGUAUUUAGACACCAAGGAGUGGAAAUUAUGUGGAAGAAGCAAACCUGAUACAAUUUGCCCAAGGUAAACAGUUUGAAAAGACAAAUGGGCCUGCCAAACUGUACAGUUCCCGCCCCAAGAGCUGUUAGGUAUCAAAGUGUGGUCCUUUCCCCCCUCCCUGCUUUUCUGGUUGAGAUCAUGUCAUUGAUGAACUGCCAAAGUCAGGGGAGGAGGGCGGGGACCUUGUGUUUACAUCUGCGUUUCUACAUGUUUUAGACAGAGACAACUUAAGGCCUGCACUCUUAUUUCACUAAAGAAAAACUAAUGUCAGCACAUGUUGCUAAUGACAGUGGAUUUUUUUUAAAUAAAAAAGUUUACAGAUCAAAUGUGAAAUAAAUAUGAAUGAAGUGGUCCUCUUGUCUGUUAUCUGAGUUUUCAAAAGCUUUAAGACUGUGGGAACAUCUGAUUUUAUGGAUUUUUUAAAAAUAAAAAAUGUAGAUUAUAAAA